AACUUAAUAGCGAGUGAAUUUUAGGGAGAGAUUGUUGUGGGAAACGCACCCGCAAAUCGCAAUAUUUGUAGUUGUAGCAGCAUACCAGGAGACUGGAGAUGAUUCCUAAACUGAAAUGGUUUUCUAGGAGUAUGUCCGCCAUUAAUCUCAUCCUUUCUGUUGCUGCAUCCAAGUCUAACACUUUCGCUGCUUCCAGUACUUUCUUCAAAAGAAACCUAAUCACCAAAUCGCCAUUGAAGAAUUCAUAUGCAUUUCUUGCCAUGGAUUCACCUUGGUUCCUUUUUCAGCGUCGUGGUGCCAAAGUUAUUGGCUCCGAGGUUAGAGCAGGGAAUAUCGUCCAACGUAAAGGGCGCAUUUACCAGGUUAUAAAAGCACAGCACACGCAGCACGGAAGGGGAGGAGCGUCGAUUCAGGUAGAGCUUCGUGAUGUCGAUAGUGGGAACAAAGUAACUGAAAGAUUCCGCACCGAUGAAGCCAUUGAAACGGUAUUUGUUGAAGAAAAAUCUUUCCAGUAUUUAUACUCGGAGGAAAAUAUGGUAGUGCUAACAGACCCUGAAACUUUUGAACAGAUAGAAGUGCCGAAGGAAUUGUUAGGAAAGGCUGCUGUCUACUUGAAAGAUGAUAUGACAAUCAAAGUUCAGUAUUACGAUGGGAGACCAAUGUCUGCCACAGUACCUACUCGUGUCACUUGUACUGUUGUUGAUGCGCGAGCUCCUAUGAAGGGGCUCUCCGUUAAUCCUCAGUAUAAAAAGGUUUUGCUGGACAAUGGCCUGAUUGUCCUUGCACCUCCUUUCAUUGUGACGGGUGAUGCAAUCAUUGUCAGUACAUUAGAUGAUUCAUACAUUACCAGGGCAAAGUAAGAUUUUAUACUGGUUAAUGUUUGGUUUACAAAGUUUACUAGGUGAGGAGAUUUGCUGUGCAGAUUUUGAAAAAAUGCUGCCUUCCAUGAGUUUUAAGAAGUCGACAUGAGAUUGGUGCUGCCAGUUGCUGCUGCUCUUUGCAUGGUAAAAUUGAAAUCUUAACUGCUUGAAAUAUACAUUUACAAAAUGUUGAACAUGUCUUUAGAGCCUAGAGGAGCAUAAUUUUAUUGAAAAAUAUACCAGAUUUACAUCCAGAAGGUUGUGUAUUUCUUUCUGCUGGUUUCAGAAAUUAUUUUGUGAACUGUUUGAACUUUUGUCGCAA